GUUGACUUUCAAAAUUAAAAACAUCGCUGGUAACGGUCAUUUGCUUUCGUUUUUUUGAUUUUAGAUGAAAUAAUUUAAAACCUGUGAUAAUUAAUUAGAUUCCUAGAUGGAUUUUAGACAAAUAACUGAAAAUGCAGAGAAACACAUCACACCCAAGUCUGAAAUUGCUAUAUUUAAUAGAAAAAAUUGUCAUGGUGUAGGUACAACAAAUAGUCCUUUUAGAACUAUGCCAAGUUUUUCUACUCCACCAUCUAGAUUUGCAAGAAUUAUUAAUCCAUUCGAUUCACACUUAAUAGAUAGGUUACAUCUUCCGACAUUUAGUCCAAACGUUUUUGCUCAGACUUCUUCACCUAAUGUCGAACACAAGUUUAAAUGGACCAUUGAAGAGAUUGCAAAUCUUAAACCCGCCGAGAUCGAUGAGAGCACCAUAAGUCAACAUGUAUUUAAUUCGGACGAUCCAAAACUGGACCUUGUAGUUCAAGAAAAAAUCGAAACAUUCUUCUGUGAAAAGGAAAUUGUCCCUAGUCCACUUCACAUAAAACCAUCUACUGUUUCUUCAUUAAAAGAUUAUAUUGUAGAAGAAAAGCACUCACUUCAUCAAUCGUUUAGUAAAAAUGGGAAAAGUGAAAAUUCAACUCAGACUUUAUUAGCUCUUCCUCCCGUGCUGCCGUCAAGUUUAGAAGAGGCUUUGAAACCAUAUCUGAGCCAAGACUGUCAAAGUAAUGAAGAUAAUUUAAGAAACAAUUCGCUUUAUAAAAAAUUAUUUGAUUAUGAGGAUAAUUUUGACGAAUCCAGUCAUAAUUUGCAAGAUGGAGUAUCCAGUCACUCAUCCCCUGCUUUAUCUACAGGGUUUUCGCCAAUUUCAUUUUCUCCAUCAAAGAAAGAUUUCGGAAGUCCAUUUGACAAGAUUCAAUUUGCAGACUGCAACCUUUCGCCUAUUUCCAAGAGUUCAUCAACUUCAGACUCUAAAAUGUGUCGGUCGGCAUGCAGAUUAAAUUUUCAAGAUAACAUGAGUGUGGAUGCUAGUUUCAUUGUUCCUGAUAUUCAGUGUCUGCAGUCUUCUAGCAGCUGUGAAAUUGAUACUGACAUAUCCCCACUGCCCAGGACUGUGGAACCUGUAUUAGAAACUACAUUAAACUGGAAUAUGGAAUACUCACAGAUAUCUCUUGGAUCUACGUCGGCAGAUUCGGAUCAAAUGGACGUUUCAACGUCGAAUACACCUCAUUCUAGGAUGUUUACAGGACAAAGGAAAAGACUUAGUGAAAGCUUCAAGACUGAGGAACUAAAAACAGAAGACUUAAUCAAAGAAAGCGCCCCUCUGUGUCGAAGUAAAACGUUUCGUAGUGAUUUAACUGAUACGGGGUAUUGUACAUCCGAAACAGGUGAAUAUCCUUCAAACGUUUUUUCUUCAACACCAAGCAAGAGGAAUAGUGAUAUUUAUUUUUAAUGGACCUAGAGUAGGUAACUUAGGUGUGGGCGUAGGUAAUUUGUAAAGAACUGAAAGAAUUAUUGUAUAAAUUCUGAUUAUAAUGUACAUAUUACAAGUGCACUUUCAUUACAAUUAGGUUAAAUACAAAAAAGUAUGUAAUAAGUAAAUGGGAUAAAGGGGGACAAUCAACACUAGCGUGUUUGAAAUAUUUGAAUAUAUAUUAUUGAUUUCAUGCUUGAUUUGUACAUUUUAAUCAUGUUUUAUUUGAAUUUUAGUCAAGUGAUAUUAAGACUUUAUGUAAAAACUAUACUCAAAUUUCAUUUAUGCAUAACGGAAACGAGGUAGAGGAUAUAUUAAUACGCGAUAUAGUAUGAUUAAAGUAUGAUUAAUACGCGAUAUUUUAUAUUUCGUCGUCGUAGUGAUUUUUACCCUUAUUACCCGCCAAAUCGUUUUAAAUUUUGGUUUUUGGUUGGUAUAGAUUUGUCACUACUGCAAUAAAAAAUGCAUUAUCUUUAUUUUUAUUACCUCAAGCCAGUGUUCGUUUUUUUUCUAAUUCUGUCUUCUAAUUUAAAGAAUGUAAUUUUUAUUGUCCCAUUUUCAAAAAUCAAGCCUAUAAAAUUCGGACUUGUUUUAUUGAUUUAAAUUUAAAUUUUUUUUGCUUUAUUUUUGAUAUGUUCUUUUAUUUCGUUUUAUUAAAAAAAAACUUUAUUAUUACGUAUCUACUUUAGUACUUCAUGGUAUUCCUAUAUAUUACGGAAAAAAAUACAAUUUUAAUUUACUGCAACAUCUUAUUUCUGCUAUACUCCCAGUCAAGCAUGACUAUAAACGUGCUGCUUAGCAUGGAGCAUGAACCAGUAUUGUAUUCAAAAAUCUGUUCAACGAGAGCCACAUGACAGUGACAGUUGUUGUCUGUCAUUUUAGUUCCCAUUAAAACCUUAUUUUCAGUCAUUUUUUAAUUGUCAUCUGUCAAAAUCUUCCCUGACUCGUUGGAAAUACUUUAUUGUGUUAGACUGAAAAGCCGCUACAAAAUAUCUAUAGUUAAAUCACGAAGGAUGAUGAUUUUAUUAUACAGAAUUUUCUAACAAACUAAAGAUGAGUUUAUAUGCGUACGUAAUGCUUCGUCCAUCGUUCCGUCACACCAAUCAUAUUUAAGUAUGAGCUCUCAUUUUUGAAAUAAACCAAUAAAGAGGCAUAAAAUCAAUGAUGGACGACGCAUUACGAAUGCAUGUAACCCACACUUAUAAUAGAAUGACGGUGUUAUAAUGCUUCGAGCAUCUGUAGCGCUUAGAAUAAAAAAAUUGAGAAUUGUUUGUAUAUCACAACCUAAAGUAGGUAUGUACAGUAUGUCCCAUUUUGGUUGAAAUCAUAGGGUAUCUCCGUUAUUAGUGAAGAUAGAAG